AUGCCUGACCACGCCCGGAGAAGCCUGUUCGCCGUCCCGGCCCCCGUCGCCGCCCUCUUCCGACGCUUUCCCCUUGCCGUCUACCCUCCCAACGACUUACCCCUCCGCAGCCCCUCCCGCGGUGACACGCCGACGCUAUACGUCUUCGUCGCGGACGACGAUGCCCCGAGAGGCCGACCGAGCUUCAACCCCUCGUGUCUAAAGUGGCAGACAUUUCUCAAAAUCGCAGGCAUAGACUUCCAAAUCGCACCCUCAACAAACCACGCCUCCCCCUCCGGCGCCCUCCCCUACCUCCUGCCACCCUCCCCCCUACGCCCCAUCGCCGGCCCCUCCAAGCUCGAAUCCUACGCUCUAGAAAACACCACACUCAAACGGCUACCCGUACUGCCGGCCUCCUUCUCCUCCACAUCAUCCCCCGAGGCAGAGCUCCACGCCCGCCAGCAAGCCUACCAGUCCCUCCUAGACCACCGCCUCCGCGCAGCCUGGCUCCACGCCCUCUACCUCUCCCCCCCGAACGCGGACCUCCUCUCCAGGCUCUACAUCGCCCCGGCGUCCAAUAACCCCCUCGUCAGGCUGACGCUCGCGCACCAGGUCCGCUCGGCUGCCGAGGCCGAGGUUCUCAAGGUCACGCGGAGCGCGGUCGUCGAUAAAGCAAGGAUACACGCCGACGCGCGCGCCGCGUUCAAGGCCCUUGCUGCGUUGCUGGAGGAGAGUGACUCAGGGGCUGGGAGCGAGAAGAAGGGAGGAGCAGCAGCAGCAGCAGCAGCAGAAAAAGGAGAUGGCGAGUGGUUCUUUGGCUGCGAGAGCCCGACGCUCUUUGAUGCGUCCGUCUUCUCGUACACGCACCUGCUGCUCGACGAGGAAUUUGGGUGGGUGGACGGGUCGCUAUCGGAGAUCCUCCGGGAGUUCCCCAUUCUCGUGAGGCAUCGCGAGAGGUUGCUGGAGAGGUGUUUUCCCGACGACGAGGGGGUCCUGGUAUAA